AAAUUCCACAAUUAAAGACGAUCUUUACAUAUUCACGUAUCUCUCUACCGCCUUACCAGUUUAUCACCACCCUCUCUCUCUCUCUCUCUCUCUCUCUCUCUCUCGAAUCCAUGAAAGUAAGUGGGAGAAAAGAAUCCACACAUGUUUUGUGCAUGUCUCAUGCUUUUCUUUUACUAAUAUGUAUGUCUGAACUCUCUUCACUUAAAAAAAGCCACUUUAGUGUUAAAAAAUUAAAAGACUGGGUUUUCUGAGCUUGGACUUGGUGGACGCAUUUGCUGUUCAUCUUCCGUGUUAUGCGGUCAGAAAAACCUAGAUCUUUAAUUGGUUCUUAACUUGGUUUUAUGUGUGUUUGUUUAAAGAGUAGAAAGUUACUGAUGAUGAGCUGGUUUUUGCCCCCGGCGGCGGCGGCGGCCUUUCCCGGCACGAUUAGAGGCACGGCACCGUCUUGGUUUUGGUUAUCCGAGAUAACAGCUUCUAGCUUUUAGAGCAAAUGCAAGUACCCUAUCUAUUAAAUACAGUUGUUCUGUCUUGCGUUUGUCUUCUCCUUUUCAUGAAAGUGAGUGUUCAGAUUCUGUACCGAAGAGGAAAGUGAUUACUACUGGCCGCCAAUGAUGUCCAUUGGUCUUUAAAUCAGUUCUUCCCUUCUAAGGAUAAUGAGUAUCAACUGCUUUUCCUCUCCCAUCUUCCUUCUACUAGUUUCUAGCUCCAAGUUGUCCCGCAAACGGCAAUCUCGAGGUUCGGUUGUGGGUAUUUUAGCCUUUUUUCUAGCCAGAACAUGAUGGUUUUUAGCUAUGGUUUGUUACUGUAAAAACCAGGAAAAACUCCCGAGAGAAACCUAUCUGGGUUUUUUUGGGAUAUCAAGAAAAAAGAAUUUGAGGUAAACACGUGCUUUUGGUAUCUAUGGAAUCUUCCACAUGAAAAGGAACUAGAUUUGGUUCUGGUGUUGGUAGAUGAAGAAUCCGGAACCCAUUUUCAUCUGAUCAGAUUGAGUAGUGGGGUGCUUUAAUUUUUAGCUUCAGAGUUAUAUGUUGGCUCCAAUGGAGGAGAGGGUGCAGAAAAACUUGACGAAACAACUUGCUCUUGCUGUGAGAAGCAUUCAGUGGAGCUACGCAAUCUUCUGGUCUCUUUCAACUAGACAACCAGGGGUCUUGGAGUGGGGUAAUGGAUACUACAAUGGAGAUAUUAAGACAAGGAAAACAAUUCAAGCUGUAGAACUCAAUGCAGAUCAACUGGGUUUGCAGAGGAGUGAACAAUUGAGAGAACUAUACGAGUCCCUCUCAGCUGGUGAAGCCAACCCCCAAUCUAGAAGGCCUUCUGUAGCAUUAUCCCCCGAGGAUCUCAGUGAUACGGAGUGGUAUUACUUGGUUUGCAUGUCAUUCGUGUUCGACAUUGGACAGGGGUUACCUGGAAGGACGUUUGCAAAUGACCAACCAAUCUGGAUGCGCAACGCCCACUUUGCAGAUAGCAAGGCUUUCAGUCGCUCCCUGCUGGCGAGGAGUGCAUCUAUUCAGACUCUGGUAUGCUUUCCAUUUCUCGGAGGUGUAAUCGAGCUAGGUGUGACUGAGCAGGUAUUAGAAGACCCUAGUCUCAUUCAGCACAUUAAAACUUCUUUCUUGGAGAUUCCAUAUCCUGCAUUUAUUUCCAAGAAAUACACAGGAGCAGUCCACACAAGACAUGGCAAUGGUCCUGCUUGUACUGUGUUUGAUCAGGAUAUUCCAGAAAACAAACUAAUUUCUUAUGUAGGAUGUGAAGAUUUCGGUAUUGUUUCUCCCAAUGACAAUUCUAAUGGAUUUGAGCCAAAUCAACCAGAAGAGGGCUCAUUUAUGGUUGAAGGGAUAAUUGGGGGAGCUUCUCAAGUACAAAGCUGGCAGUUCAUGGAUGAUGAGCUCAGUAAUUGUGUCCUCCAUUCCAUGAAUUCUAGUGAUUGUAUAUCUCAAACUUUUGUGGAACCUGAAAAGGCUGUCUUCACUCCUAAGAGUGAACUGGUGAAAGAAGAUUGUUUGCAAGACUUUCAAGAAUACAAUCACACAAAAAUGAACCCAUUGGAUCUUCAAAGCGAUGAUCUGCACUAUCAGAGUGCUCUUUCAUCUCUUUUAAAGAGUUCUCACCAGAUGAUUUUGGGACCAUGUUUUCAAAAGUAUCAUCACGAGUCCAGUUUUGUCAGUUGGAAUAAAGGAGGUUUAGCAAAUUUCCAGAAUCCGGGAGGCAGAACCCCUCAAAAUCUUCUGAAGAAGGUUUUGUUGGCAGUUCCUCAUAUGCAUGUUGGUGGCUCACUCGAGUCUCUGGAAGAUAAUGGCAAUAAAGAUGGAGUUUGGAGACUAGGGGCUGAUGAUAUAGGUGUGAACCAUGCAGUAGCUGAGAAGAAGCGAAGGGAAAAACUAAAUGAAAGAUUUUUUAUUCUAAGAUCGAUGGUUCCUUCGAUUAACAAGGAGGACAAAGUAUCUAUACUUGAUGAUGCCAUAGAAUAUCUGAAGGAGCUUGAGAAAAGGGUUGAAGAGUUGACAGAUGUGGAAGCUAGAACAAAAAGAAAAUCCCAAGAUACUGUAGAGAGAACAUCUGAUAACUACGGCAACGACAUAAUUAAUAAUAGCAAGAAGCCACUGAUAAACAAGAGGAAGGCUUGUGAUAUUGAUGAAACAGAGCCAGGGAUAAAUUAUAAUGUACCAAAAGAAAGUUCAACUGAUAAUGUGACUGUCAGCAUGAUCAAUAAAGAGGUACUAAUAGAGAUGAGAUGUCCUUGGAAGGAAGGGGUGCUGCUAGAGAUCAUGGAUGUAGUAAGCAAUCUCCAAUUAGAUUGUCACUCGGUUCAAUCAUCUACCAUUGAAGGGAUUCUUUCACUCACAUUUAAAUCAAAGUUCAAGGGGUCGUUUGUUGCAUCAGCAGGUAUCAUCAAACAAGCACUUAAGAGAUUCAGCUUGUCUUCUCCCUAGAACUUGCGGCUGUUUUAGAAUCCCCUGUUCAAUUUUUGGAAUGAUAUGUACUGUGGAAAGGUUCUGUCACAAACACAACUUCUAGGGAUAUUCCUGCAGGUAGACAAUAAAGAUUUAUUUCUGAUA